UACAAAGCACAACGCUAAAUAAACGUGUGCGGUUUUUUGCCUACAAAUUAUUUUGCCUGAAUACAGACCUAGAUAUCGAACAUUUUAGGAAAAAGAGUCCAAAAAUGAGUGGGAUGGGAGAAAUAGAGGACCAAAGCCGGCGAAAUGAACUCGAAGAAGAGAUGUCACGGUUUGAACAAGAAAUAGCAGAGCAUCCAAUAUCAAGGCCAGUUAUAGCCACAAAUACAUUUCGUAUGGCAUCACAGGCAAUCCAGAAUGCAGCUACUGUUCCAGAUGUUAAACCACAACCAGAAAUAUCUAAUAAUCAGCAUUUUGUCCAAGGAGUGCACCCGCGUCCAUUGUUGCAACCUCCCAAUCCUAGUUUACGACCACCAGUUGUUCAGGGCGCUUUGAAUCAAGUGCGCCCUCACAUGCAGGGUCCGAUCAGACAUCCUGUGCAAGUCCCUCCUAAUCAGUUACCUCGUCCUGGAAUACCACAUGCAAUGUCAUUGCCACCUAGGGUGCCUUCCAUGGUACCCCAAAUGGUCUCUAACCCUGGAGCCAUGCCUGUUAUGGGGCCUGUCGCAGUACCCAUGGUCCCAGUGCCCAUCCCUGUACCAAUACCUGGUAUGCCUGUGGCAGGGCCAGUUGCUGCCACAGCCGUGCCAAUAAUGACUCCUGAAGAGCAGAAAGAGUGGGGCUCAACAUAUUCACAGGCUGCGAACUCAGAGGCAAAGGAUAAAAAGAAACCCAAAGAGAAAAAAUAUUUGAGGGUGGCAGGCAAUCAAGUGUGGGAGGAUUCGUCAUUAGCAGAAUGGGAGAAUGAUGACUUCCGUGUGUUUUGUGGUGAUCUUGGAAAUGAGGUUACUGAUGAGAUACUCGCUAGAACGUUUGCAAAAUAUCCAUCUUUACUAAAAGCUAAAGUUGUGCGUGAUAAAAAGACAAACAAAAGCAAAGGAUAUGGAUUCCUGAGCUUCAAAGAUCCCAAUGACUUUGUCAAAGCUAUGAAAGAAAUGAAUGGCAAAUAUAUUGGGAAUCGACCGAUCAAACUUAGGAAAAGUACUUGGAAAGACCGCAAUAUAGAAGCUGUCAAGAAGAAAGCAAAAGAAAAGAAGCGUUUGGGUUACAGAUAACAGUAUCACUGAACAAAUGUGAACUCUUCUGGAAUGUCAUUAGCUCCCUUUUGACCUUGUACUAAAGAUUCCUUGUGAAUAUGAUAGAGAUUUUUGUGAAAGGCAAAAAUUUAGUCUGUCCACAGCGGCACAAAGCCAACAGAUGGAAUGCAGUUCAUGCUAUUGUAAAGGCUGUAGAUCAUUCUUUUAGUUUGGUCACUCAUUUUUGUAUGACAUCUUUUGUUAUUAGUAAACUACCAGGUUUGACAAGGACUAUACAUUUUCAAAUCAAAAUUGACUCUUUCCAUUAAUUUUCAUGCUUGUAAAACCCUAUCAAGGAAAUGGUUGGUUGUAAAUAGUAAAUACACUUUCCUCUUUUCUGA